UCGACUUAAUAGAGAUCUGUUUACUUAUUUUUUGAUCACCUCUUCUGUAAAUUCUAAUUCUGAUAGAAGAAGAACCCAAGUCUCCUGCCUUCUCGAUCAAUCUGUCUUCUUACACAAAUCUGCAGAGUCUAUUAAGUUCAAUUCUAAACCAAAGUCCAGCCUUUUAUUUUGGUUACUUCCGAGCAUGGUUGAGAAGAGCUAGCUAGUUGUCAUAGAAUUAAGUACAAUAUUAUUAUUAUUAUUAGUAUUUUCAAACGUUACGUACUUACGUGAAAGAAUCGAUCCAUGAAUCUCCAAACUCAUAUCUUCAUAACAUCUUUGUAUUUACUCCUCUUAGUCUCCACAUGCAUUAUGGCGCAGAAAGAAUCGCCGAAAGCUCCAGCUCCUUCUCCUUCUUCUCUGUCAAAUGGUACUAGUUCAGGUAAUAUAACAACCCUUGCUAUAACUAUCCCAGUUUUCGGAGGCAUCUCCAUCAUCAUAGUGAUAGUAGUUAUACUAUUCAAAAGAAAACUCAUUAGUAGCCAUGGAUUAAUUUUAGGGUUUUGGAUGUUGAUGUGGUUUGGAAGCGUUGUGCUAAACACAUGGGAUAUUCCACGCGUCUCCAAAACCCUAGUUGCCUUCCACAUAGUAGUGAAUGUGCUAGGGUUAGUAUAUUGGAUACGUCUAGGUCAUAUGGAAUAUAGAAGAAAAAAUGCAUGGCCUUCAGUCAACUUAUUGUUCGAGAUCGGAGCUUGGUUUUCUAUGUUCACUUUGAGUUGUGUUGAAGUUUUUGUGCUGACAUUGGUUGGGGAACCCCAAUAUCGUCGAGUUUCUCAUUGGUAUCCAGUGGCAGUGGCUUUUAUUUCCAUGGUAGAAAACUAUUGGACCAAGGGGAGGGAAAUUAGAGCAAAUAGGAUGAAGUCACAACUUAUUAAGAAUUUAGAAGAAGCUUUUGAGGAAGUCAUUAGGCUUUGCAUGGAAGACCCUAAGAAAGUCAACUUAGCUGAGUUUGACGAAAAGGUGAAUGAGUUCUACAGAUUGUUGGACAUGGUAGUUGCUCAGCACCGAGAGGCAAUCAUAGUUGCUCAGCAGAGGGAGGCUAUGAAGAAGAAACAAGGGGGUAUAGUUCAAGUGGGUGAUCAGUUGGCUGAUAAUUCAUGUUGUAAUAUUCAAAUCAUAGAGGGAGAUAGUGGGAAGGAAACAUGUGUUGCUCUACGUGAGGGGGAGAGUGAGAUCACAAUUGAAGAUGAUAGGGAAGGUGGGGCCAUUGAUAAGGUCGAGCUUAAUAUAAAUUGUGAGAUCCAAAUAGGAGAGAUGGGGGUGAAGGCUCAUGAAGGAGCUAGGGCAUAAUAGUUAUACGAUGUAUAUAUAAAGUUGUACUAAACAUCUAAGUUAGUCUUGUUUUCAUAUUCUUGUUAUUAUUUGGAAAUUCUUGUCAUUUUUAGAUAAUAUCACAUUUGGUUCUAGAAGUAUUGCAUCAAUUCUACAAUGAAUUCAUUCCACUUUUGGUUCUACAAGUUUAUGUCAAUUCCACAUUUAGUCCACAUCUUUCACUCUGUCCACUUUUGGUACUUGACUAAUGUUUGUUUGACCAUUUGUGGUCCUUCUCCGGCGAUUUUAACUACCGGAAACAUGGCCGAAAGGACUAUAUGUGGACGAAAACACAAUAGUCAUGUACCAAAACUGGACAAAGUGAAAGACGUGGACUAAAUGUGGAAUUGACAUAAAACUCGUAGGACCAAAAGUGGAAUUUAUUCAUAUAUGGCCCUUCUGUCGAUAUUUUCGAUAAUUGAAAUCACCGAUACACUUGUAAUUUCCGUGUGUAUGUUUAUGUUUUUAGCUAGUUUUAAUUGUUUAAUAUUUCGGAAAUUACACACUUUUGGUGUAAUAGUCAUGUUUGUAAAAUAGUUGUAAUAUGUUAAGAUUAGGUCCAUUCUGAGUUUAAACAGGUCCAAGAUCAAUCCAAUGAUCAUUGGUGAAGGAAGGUGCAAGAGUACAAGACAAAAAGAAGGCAAAAUCCUGAUUUUUGACCUAUACUCGAUCGAGUAUAGCAUAUACUCGAUCGAGUAUCUUGUUGAGAUUUCAAAUCGGAUCGGAUCUGAA